AAAUAUAUAAAAUAUUAUUAUAAUAGGAUCUGCUUUGGAUUAAUUUGGCCGUUACACUUGGUCUUCAUCUGUUGUUGAAUUCUGGAACUAAUUUCAACAGGAAAAAAAAUACUAAGCAUGAACACACAAAUUCACCGAGGUUCAGUCAAAUUAGACCUACGUCCUCGUUGCAUUGUUGAGCUUCUGCACUAUGUAAAUGGAAUAUUUACAAGCUCAGUUGCAGACUCUCUAAUGGAGGAUUCACACAAGAAUUCCUAAAACCAAAACCCAAGAUCCCAAUACAUCCAUUUACUCUUCGAUCUCCACAGAGAUCUCUCACAAACCCACCUUGAGAACACAAAGAAAACAAGAAAAAAUGGCUUUCAGAAACUCAAGGGACUCACUUCGCACAAAGCUUUCUCUCAGGCUGUUUUUAAGCUUUUUUCACUCUGUUAUUUUCUUGUAUGCUAUAUGAAGAAGAAGACCAAAAUACAUAUAUAUUUCCAGAAACAAAAACGUUCAAUUAAUCUCCAGGAGCUCCAACGUGGCAAGCAACCUGUGAAAUAACCUUUCUACCCUUUAUUAACUGAUGUGGCAGCAAAGUGUUGCCGUUUUGGAACCUGGAAAUUUCCUCUUGUUUCUUCUCUGACCAGCAAAACACAUGGCUUGAUUUGAGGAUUAUUAUCUCACAUCAUCAAACAUUAAUUAGUAAGAACUGCAUAGAGAUCCAGUUUGUGAGAGUCUAAUAAACGUCUAUAAUAUUCAAGAAACAAAGCUAAUUGGCAGUGGGCAUAUGGCAAUAUCAAGGUCCUUAAUCCACAUAAUUAACGCUCUGCAUCUUCUUCUUCUUCAUUUGGCAGUCUCACAGUACAAUAUUGUUACGGUUGGUUCACAGUCAUCGAAUAUCAUCAGAAGCUUACCAGGUUUUUCUGGAAACCUACCCUUCAAACUUGAAACUGGGUAUGUGGGUGUGGGUGAUGGGGAUGAAAUACAGCUUUUCUAUUACUUCAUCGAGUCGGAGAGAAAUCCCGAAGAAGAUCCUCUUGUUCUAUGGCUCACCGGAGGACCUGGUUGUUCUGCCUUUUCCGGUCUCAUUUAUGAAAUAGGUCCAUUGACAUUUGAUUAUGAAAUAUCUAGUUGGAAUUCAACAACUUUGCUAUAUAAUCCAUACUCAUGGACCAAGGUGGCCAACAUAAUAUUUUUAGAUGCACCUGUAGGGACUGGAUUUUCGUAUGCAACGACUUGGCAAGCAUACUACACUGGUGACCGUUUAUCAGCCGCAACUAAUUACAAUUUUCUUAGAAAGUGGCUUAUGACUCACCCCAAGUUCCUCAAAAAUCCACUUUAUGUUGCUGGUGAUUCUUUCUCGGGGAUUGUUGUUCCAAUCACUGUUCAGGAGAUAAAUAAUGGUAAUGAAGUUGGAGUUGAGCCAUUAAUGAACCUCAAGGGAUAUAUGCUUGGAAAUCCUUUGACGGACGAACAUGUUGAUCAUAAUUCAAAAGUUGAAUUCAGCUAUCGGAAGGCACUUAUAUCGGAUCAACUGUAUGAGUCAGCUAAAAUAAAUUGCAAGGGCGAAUAUAUCAAUAUUGACAUAGAGAAUGCAUUAUGUCGUAAGGAUAUCGAAAUUUUCCAUGAGUGCACAGCAAAUCUAUCCAUUUCCCAUAUAUUGGAACCUCAAUGUCCAGUUACUGCGUCCCCAAGACCAGCUCUAUUAAAGUUGCAUCCUAGCAGAGCUUUAAUAGAGGACGAUCACUCCAUCAAUCUCUUACUUUCGCUUUCUCACCUUCCCAAUGAUCAUCCAUCUAUGUGUCGAGACUUUCACUAUUUCUACUCUGGUUAUUGGGCUAAUGAUCAAACGGUUCAGAAUGCUCUUCAAAUUCGCAAGGGAAGUAAAGAGCGUUGGAGCAGAUGCAAUAGGACAUUAGCAUACAAUUUUGAAGUGUCAAGUAGUACGGAUUAUCAUCGAAAUCUCAUGAACAAAGGCUAUCGAGUAUUAGUCUACAGUGGUGAUCAAGACAUCAUAGUACCCUAUGUGGGGACACUUGAAUGGAUUGGAGCUCUCAACUUGACUGUUGCUCAUGCUUGGAAACCAUGGUUCGUAGAUGGACAAGUUGCAGGAUACACUGUGCAUUAUAGAUCUAAAAAGCACGACUUGACGUUUGCAACAGUGAAGGACGCGGGUCACACAGCUCCAGAGUACAAGCCCAAGGAAUGCCUUGCCAUGGUUGACAGGUGGUUGGCUCAUAAACCUGUGUAUAGUCAAUAGCAGGUUCCUCAUAUUUUUCUUUUCUUUCUACUCAAUAAGAACAUUUAAAUAAAUAAUUGUAUUGAAUUAUAUUUGUAUUCGAUAUAUAUAUAUAUAUAUAUAUAUAUAUAUCCCAUUUAUUAUUUUUAAGGCAUUUAUAUGUAAUUG